AUGAAGAAUUUUGUUGAUACAUCUAGGGAACAUUGGAAAAGGUUUGGAUGUUCUGUCAUGUCAGAUGGUUGGACGGAUGGGAAAAAACGACAUCUUAUUAACUUUUUGGUGAAUUGUCCUAAAGGUUCAGUUUUUUUGAAGUCUGUGGAUGCCUCAAAUAGAACCAAUGAUGCUGAUUUCAUAAGCAAGCUUGUAAAGGAGGUAAUUAUUGAUGUUGGUGCAAAAAAUGUAGUUCAGUUCAUUACGGAUAACGGUUCAAAAUUCAAAAAGGCAGGGAAGGAUUUAAUGCUGGAAUACCCACAUAUGUUUUGGACUCCUUGUGGUGCUCAUUGUGUUCAGUUGAUGUUAGAAGAACUUGGUGCCAGGCUUCUACGAAUCAAGACAGCCGUCAUUCUAGGUAAGAGACUGGUUACAUAUAUUUAUGCUCAUUUUCAAGUAUUGAGCUUAAUGAGGGAGUUGACUAAAGCAGACUUACAUAGGUCUACAAAAACUAGAUUUGCAACUCAAUACUACACACUUGAGAGUAUUCAAAAGUAUAAAACUCCUCUGCAAAUGGUGUUUGUGAAUGAUAGGGUGCUAAAGCCUUUAGUUAAGGUAGUAAGGUUAGUGGAUAUCGAACGCAAACCUACAAUGCCUUCUUUUUAUGAGGCAAUGAGAAUAGCAAGGGAUCAACUUGAGAAGAAUCUCAGUGAAGAUAAUGAUACUUGGGAUAUAAUUAAGGCUGUUUUUGAUAAAAGAUGGAAGAAUAACUUUAAUCAUCCGCUACAUUGUGCCGCUUAUUAUUUAAAUCCUUUCAUAUUCUAUAAGAUUCCAGCUCAUGUGAUGGAUAAUGAUCCAAAGUACAUAGAAAUCAAAAGGGGACUCCAUGCAAGUAUGAAAAGGCUUAUAACCAAUAAAGAUGAACUUGAGCUAGCAACAACUGAAUUGAGACGAUAUAGUGAUGCUUAUGGUAUCCUGGGAACUCCUGUAUGCAAAAAAAGAAGAGACAAAGAUCAACCUCGUAAGUUUGCAUGUUCUUUGCACUCUAAGAAGCGGAAUCUCAUAAAACAACAGAUAUUGAAUGAUAGUGUCUUUAUCCAAUAUAACAAGAAACUGCAGCGUCGUUAUAAAGAAAUUUCAGAAUAUAACGAUGAUGAGACAGCUCGUGAUCCUAUUUUUCUUGAUGACCAUGAUGAACAUGAUGAAUGGUUGGAUCCACAGAACUUGGAAGACUUGGUUGUAGAAGGAGAUAAUGUAACUUUGGAUGAUUUGCAAGAUAUUCUUGGUGAAGAAAGUCGGCCAGUUGGUAUUAGAGGUGCAUGUAGCUCUCGAAGUAAGUCUACUUACCCAACCGACUCUGAGUAUGAUGAGUAUGAUACUGAUCAAUUGAUGUUAGACACUGAUUAUGGACUACUUGAUGGAGCUAAUGGAGUUAUUGAAGAUGAUGAUACCUAUAAUGGCGCGUAUGAUUUUGAAUAA